UGGACAAGUGGCCGGUCCCCAGCCCGACCUCGCCGCCUACCCCGCGCCUGCGGCCGGGGCGGAGCCACAGAAGUUCGCCUCGACACUCCUCAACUCCCCAGCCCAGCUCCAUUCUAUUUAGAACUUUUGCCAGCUUCCCCACCCCCACUGUGCACCGUAGGAUGUUUGACGACAUCCCUGGUGCCCGAGCCACAAGAUGCCACUAGCACCCUCCACCCAGUUGUGACAAUGGAAAGUGUCUCCAGAUAAUGUCAAGAAUUCCCUGGAGGACAGAAUUGCCCCUGGUUGAGAACCACUGGGGUUGAAAAAUACCGUCCACAGACACUGGAUGAUCUCAUUUCUCAUCAGGACAUCUUGAGCACCAUUCAGAAGUUUAUCAGUGAGGACCGCCUGCCACACCUGCUUCUCUAUGGUCCUCCUGGGACAGGAAAGACAUCCACCAUCCUAGCCUGUGCUAAACAGCUAUACAAAGAUAAGGAAUUCGGCUCCAUGGUCUUGGAGCUGAAUGCUUCAGAUGACCGAGGGAUAGACAUCGUUCGGGGGCCAAUCCUGAGCUUUGCUAGCACAAGGACAAUAUUUAAGAAAGGCUUCAAACUAGUGAUCUUGGAUGAAGCUGAUGCCAUGACUCAGGACGCCCAGAACGCCUUGCGGAGAGUGAUUGAGAAAUUCACUGAAAAUACCAGAUUCUGCCUCAUCUGUAACUAUCUGUCAAAGAUCAUCCCUGCCUUGCAGUCCCGGUGUACAAGGUUCCGAUUUGGUCCCCUGACUCCCGAACUCAUGGCUCCCCGCCUGGAACACGUCGUAGGAGAAGAAAAAGUUGAUAUAAGUGAAGACGGGAUGAAAGCACUGGUGACUCUUUCCAGUGGCGAUAUGCGAAGGGCUCUGAACAUUUUGCAGAGCACCAGCAUGGCCUUUGGGAAGGUGACAGAGGAGACCGUCUACACCUGCACAGGGCACCCACUUAAGUCGGACGUUGCCAGCAUUCUGGACUGGAUGUUGAAUCAGGACUUCACCACGGCCUACAGGAAUAUUAUGGAGUUGAAAACUCUGAAGGGCUUGGCAUUACACGAUAUCCUGACGGAGAUACACUUGUUUGUGCACAGAGUUGACUUUCCAUCUUCAGUUCGAAUACAUUUAUUGACCAAAAUGGCAGACAUUGAGUACAGACUGUCUGUCGGCACCAACGAGAAGAUUCAGCUGAGUUCCCUCAUUGCCGCUUUUCAAGUCACCAGAGACCUGAUUGUCGCAGAGGCCUAGGUGCUGAGGACGAUUUCACUGCCAGUCCUCAGGCCCAGCAAUGACUGGAGAGCAGGGGACUCCGUUACGGAUGAACUGCUGCCUGGGCUGGGGGACAAAGCACCCCCAACCCCCCACCUCCGUUUUGGAAAAUUGUUCCAAGCAUGGUUGGCAGACAUUUAAACAAGUACCAUGUUUGUGGCUGUUUGGAGCAGGAUGUACAAAACAAUUUUAAUGUCCAGCUCUUACUGCACGGCUUGUUUGUGUUUUAUAAGGGGGGGUGGGGGCAGCAAAACCCUGUUUCAGCCUGAAGGCUUUUACCCUUGAAUUGCUUGGACGAUGGGAAAUUGACCUGCCCCAUUUGGAACAUCAGGCUUUCAGAUCUAAUAUGGUCCAAGUGUCCUCCAACUCCGGGUAAACAGAACAGCUCCAGAAUUAACUUUGUGAAUCUAAUCUGUGGCACUGUCUCUACAUAGGGGUUAAUGGGUUUCUGGUCCACGCUAUUAUACUCUUAUAAAACAGACUCAAUUUCCUUACUUUAAAAA